GGAAGCAAGGCCCUGACUUGCCCUUCAUACUCUGCUGAAAACGGGCCCCUGUGAUGCACAACUCCAAUGUACCAGUUCCUGCCUGGACGGCACCCAAUUAGAGUUGUACAGGGACUAAGCUGCUUGCCCAGAAGUAGUGGUCCUAGCUAAAAAAUCCCCAGGAAAGCUGCCCCAGGGCAAUCAAUUAAGGGAGGCAACGGAUCAAGCUGCUCACCACUUGACCUGUUCCACAGGGUCCUGUCAAGCUUCCAGCAACAGCCUUUCUCCACAAUCUGACUGUAGUCCCCAGCACUGCACAAAACUCCCUCACAAAAGCUGUGAUUCUGAGCCCUGGCUGUACACCAGAAUCACCUGUGCAGAUCUGGAAAACUGCACCUGCCCACCCAAGACCUGGUGACUAAUUCAGAUCCAGGUGGGGCCCGGAUGUGGUGGUUCUUAAAGAUCCCCAGUGGUUCUGAUACAUAGCUGGGUGCAACUGGUCCAUACACGUUCCCUGCGCACUCAGCCCCACCCACAGCUUCUAGUUGUGUGUCAGUUGGUCAACAGUUCUCAUACUGUUGAACUCCCUUCACUUUGCUCUAGGCUAUAAAUUCUGCUGCUUCCUGAUCAUUUGCACUAGGAGAACCACAGGCCUUUCCAACUCAGCAUGUUCAACGCUGAACUCAUGAGCUCCUGCCCCUAACCAGCCCCUCCCCAGGGAGCCUCAUUUCCCAGUGUAUCCUCUCCACUUGGCCACCCAGUCCAAAGCUAAAGGCACACCUCUGUCCUUCCUAUUUGUUCACCCCAUGCAAUCAAGUACCAACUGAAUUUUCACAGGGGUGUGUGGAGGAUUGGUGCCAUGCAGCCCAGGCUCCCUGUUCAGGCCUCAUCCUCUGCCCAGCAGUCUCCUGACUACCUCACCUCUCUCCUCUAUCUUCCCUGUCUCCAAAGCAUGUGAAGCUCUCAAGAGUCAUGCACCAAAAAUGCAUCCCUGAUCACACCAUUCUGCUGGGAGACUUGAGGAUAAAAGGCCAGAUUCCUUAGUAUGACCUUUCCAGCCAUGUUACUCACCCAAUCCCCAGCCCACCUGCCAAACUGCCGUAAUUAGGCAUCGAAAUGCCACUCUCCAGCUCCUGCUUCAGGCUCCAGCUCACAUGUUCCUCUUAGGUGACCAUCCCCUUUAGCCCACCUUCCCACUUCCACCGGCUCUGCCCGUGACCUUGGUGUUUGCAUUUGCCAGCUCCCCUAAGUCCCAGGCAGCUCAGGAGUGAGCGGUGCGGUCUAGUGGCCUCGGACCUUGAAAGCGCAGAACCUUGUCGUCCGAGGCCGAUGACCCGUCCAUUGAGAGAGACUAUCUGGGGUCCCAGGCGCUGCAAGGGCAACCAGUCGGGAACCCCCACGUCUGCACACUCAAAGGCCGCGGGCCGAGGCAGCGACCGGCCUGUCCCUCCCUCCCCGCCCUCGCUCGCUCUCCCGCCCCUCGGCCAGUCCUCCCAGCUCCCUACUUCGCGGUCUACAACUCCGAACGCCCAGUUUCCGCGCCUCUCCGGUGCCCGCGUUCUCUAUUCUGCAUCCGAGGGUCCUCCCAGCGUCAACCCCCCACCUCGGGAAACUCAGGGGAGCCAGUGGGGACCGGAUCCGGCGGGUGGAGCGGCCAGGUGAGCCCUGAAAGGUGGGGCGGGGCGGGGGCGCUCUGGGCCCCACCCCGGGAUCCGGUGACGCCGGGGCUGGAAUUUGACACCGGACGGCGGCGGGCAGGAGGCUGCUGAGGGAUGGAGUUGGGCUCGGCCCCCAGAAACGGCCCACGGGCUCCGCCAGCAGCAAGUCCCUCGGGUCCCAGCCCUGGCUGUGACUGGGGUUGGGAACCCCGCACCCGAGGUAAGCCAACCCGCUUGCCCAUCCCCUGGUCCCUGCCCUGGAUGGACGCUCCAGGACCUGGGGGCAGAGGCAGGGCAGCCUUCACUUUUCUGGCGUCCUCCCUCUCCUGGGCCCUCAGAGCAGCUCUCUGCCUCUCCCAGCCCCUCCAGUCCCUCUUGUCCCUUGUUAGACUGUGCUAGCCCUCCUGUAAUGUGAGGCUCCCGCUGCUGCUACAGGCACAGACUGGCUGCCAAGGCUGCACUUUGGGCUAAAAAAAGUGCUGCCAGGUGCACAGCCUUGGGAAUGAGCCAUUUGAGCUGCGGGGGAAAGUUCAACACUGGUCCCAGGAAAGGUGCCUAGAAGAAAACGGUGCAGGACCCCAGCCCAUGUGCAGCUACUUCUCCUGGAUUGAGUCCAGCUACCCAAGUCUGCUGUAGCUUGGAGAAACUCAGGUGGAAGGAUGACCUCCUCAAAAGAUAGCUCAUCUCUCAAUAUGCAAGCUGCCUCACAAGAGGGUGGGGGAGAAACAGGUCAACAAAGGCUGAUGGGAGCUCCUGGUGUUGAUAGAGAUGGAACUUGGACUUGGAGGCCCUACUGCACUGCCCCACUGCUUCUGGCCUAAGUGGCAGCCUGCCCUGUGGCCGGCCUUGAUCGCUCUGGUUCUACUGAGCAGCUUCACCGAGGCCUCACUGGAUCCCUUGCCCCACAGUCCGGCCACCCACGAAGAUCCCGCGCCAGUCCUGGCGCCGCCCACCCGCCACCACCCGGGGCAACUCACAGCCGUUUUGUGCGGCGGAAAAGCCCGGCGGCCACAGCCGCAGCCUCCCCAACCGGUACCCCCACCGCCCGCGCCCCGACCCCCGCCCGUGUCCCCGCCUGCUGCGCCCCGCGGAGUCCGCGCGGCGCGUGCAGGAACCCGGGGCAGCCACACGCGGGCCACGGGGACAAGAGGCUGCCGCCUGCGUACGCAGCUGGUGCCGGUUCAUGCGCUCGGUCUGGGCCACAGAUCCGAUGAGUUGGUGCGUUUCCGCUUCUGCAGCGGCUCACUGUCGCCGCGGCCUCGCACUCAGCACGAUCUUAGCCUGGCCAGCCUGCUGGACUCCGGGGCCCUGAAGCCGCCUCCGGGCUCCCGGCCAGUUAGCCAGCCCUGCUGCCGGCCCACUCGCUAUGAGGCAGUCUCUUUCAUGGACGUUAACAGCACCUGGAGGACCGUGGACCACCUCUCAGCCACUGCCUGUGGCUGCCUAGGCUGAGGGAUCUCUCCAAGGCUUUACAGACCCUUACCCGUGCAUCUUGCUGCCUCAGCUGGGCCCCAUUAAACAGGGGCCUCAGCCACAGAUGGAGGCCUCAGAGCUGAGGCACUAGCCCCAUCUGAGACAUCGAACAUCAGCCCUGGAGAAAUGGAGGGACUAUUGAUCAGCAGCCUGAAGGGGCUUAUAUGGACACCAGAGACUUCAACCAUGGAGACCCUGGGAACCGCUUCUCACAUACUGGCACUAGCCAGGCAGAGGUCCUGAGACCGCCUCUAGAGAAUCUAGCAAUGGCCCAGCUGGGGUGGAAUUGGAGGAGUCACAUUGCAAUUGCAUGGCUGAAAGUGCCUGUGCUGGAGCUGACCUUGUACUCACUCCUGGGCACUGGACCCCUAUUUAUUAUUUCUAACUUAUUUAUUUAC